AUGGACACAGCUGCGGUGGUGACUCUCCUGGCUCUGAUUAUGACGAUGGCUGGCGUCAGUCGGGCUCUUCACAUCCAAGGCAGUCUGGACAGAAAUGACAUCCUGCCAGGCUCAGAGGAGAACAUGGCCGACCACUUGCUGGGGCUGGAGAGUGAAAACAUAGAUAACAGCAUCGAUGAUCGCCUGCUGACCGCAGUGCUGAGAGCGCUGCUGCUCGGGUCUCAGAGAGAAACCAGGAACUCUGUCCUCCAUCAGCCACAGAGGUUUGGCCGCGGCUCCAGAGGGCAGGUGGUGUCGGAGGAUCAGAUUCAAUCCCGUGACUGGGAGGCUGCCCCCGGUCAGAUCUGGAGCAUGGCUGUACCCCAGAGAUUCGGCAAGAAAUAA